AUGAAAGACUUAUUGCAGUUACAAGUAAAAGAGAGUUGCAGAUUGGCUUUGCCAGAGGGCCUACAGGAUUUGAUGAGUGAUAUUUCCAGAGAGGUGCUCCGUGCCCAGCCCUCGAACUUAUGCCAGUUCAUCGCCGACUACUUAUCAGCGCUGCUGGUAGCCCGUGAGAACCUCACCAUCGCUGCGAAACUGUGCACGGAUGUCUGCGCAGGCUCAUGCUACCCCGAGUUGGAGGACGAACUGAGGUUCUUAGGCUUGGCUGAUGAAGACGCGAAGAAAGUCGUUAAAUAUGUUUUGAACUACUUUGAAGGCGGCGAAGUGAAUGAAACAAAGUUGAUGAUAAAAAUCGCAAGCAAAACAGAUAUAGAGGAAAGUCAACUGUCCGCAAUACAAGAAGCAGUGAGGCGGGCUUAUCAGCGUCACAUGAUCAACACAACGACUGUUUACGAGACAUCAUCAGAUAGUGACUUGGACGAGGUAUCGAGAGCUGCUAAGCACACCCUUCAAUUAUACAGGAAGACCAAACACACGCCUGAAGAAUAUAAUAAAGCUGCCACAAAAGUUCAGGCAGCUUAUCGCGCUUAUGAUGUACGACGUAAAAAAUAUCAGUUACAAGAAUCUUCACCUCCACACGAGAAAGUGACCGAAAAAAACUUACGAUUUAGUGCUGAUGUAAGCUCUCAUGAAAAUAUGGCGCCGACUUCAGUAAAACCUUGUUAUUUACCAACAGUAUCAUCGACAUCGCUCGCAGGAUCAUACAUGAACCUCCCCAAAUACGUUCCUUACUCUGUCCACGACUUAUAUCAUGUUCCUGAGGAUCCAGAGAAGGAGAACCACACCAUAGACUACACAGAAGAGGAGGCAUGCUCUUCGAGUCACAGGAGGAUAAGUUUCCAGGAGGACCCUCAGGAAAUCGAGGACCAAGCAAUAAUGGCUGAUGAUGAGUCGGAAAAGUCUGUUGAUGAGGUCGUGUAUGAGCAUCAUUAUGAGACGGAAAGUGAAGGGAAAGUUGAGGUUGAAGGUGAAGAUGAUGAAGAAGCUGACACUGUAAUUGAGGUAGAGACUGAACCUGAGUUAAAAUUUGAGGUAGAAGUUGAGGAUGAAGCUGAAACUAUGAUUGAAGUUGAUACUGAAUCUGGGUUGAAAGUUGAGGGUGGAGUUGACACCAUGAUUGAAGCAGAGACUGAAUUUGAGUUGAAAUUUGAGGUUGAAGGUGAGAAUGAAUCUGAAGACGAUAACUGAAUGCGAAGGCAAUUGGAAUCCAUAUUUGCGGUUAGCGCAAAAAUGUAUAACUUUUAUAAUUCAUGUGUAAUUUGGUCAAUAAAGUAAUGAGGAAGAUGAAAUGACAAUGAAACAGACUUUCAAUGGUAUAACAUAACGAUGAUUAUGUUCUUAGCGACAUAUUUUGUGUAUAAAAAUUAAUGCACCCUUUUGUAAUAAAUUUAUUAUACUCAAAUACAGCACUAAUAAUUAUGAAUCCGCUACAUCUACAUACAUAAUAUUUAUUUUUGGUCAUUAACAUAUAUUUUUAUUUUUAUAAUACACUUAUGCUAGGUCAUGUUUCUUAAAUUCUUAGAACUAAAACGUGUGGGACAAAACAGUGCUUUUUAUCCUAAUGCUGUAUUAAAUGCUUUUUAUUUUUAUAAAAACCUGUAUUUAAUAGCUGCCUUGAUGAUAAAAUAAAAAUAU